CUGACAGCUGCUGAUGGACGGAUGACUGAUAGGCCUGAAUAGGCGGAUCUCCACUAUCCAAGCAGCGAGAGAUGGGACUUGAUAUUCAUGCCACGCAGAAAAUCUUGCAGUCGAAUUCGGCCGGGGGGGAAAAACCACUCUCGCUGUCCCACACGCUCACCAGCAUUCUAUGGUGUGCGCAAGUGAGUCGACAUAGAGACUGGGUUCGUCCACUGAUUUCACCUGACACCUCACCGUGAGAGGAUGUACAGUGGUGUGCGGACGGUGCUGCUGUUGAUGGGUUCGGCGUUGCCAGCGACUCCAACCUCACCGGGCAGCGCAAGGAAAUUAGGCAUGGAUCCAACAGUUUCGUCCUGUGCUUUGGCGGUGUUGGCGUCAUGCCGAGGUAGACAUCUCAGUGACCAGCUCUCUGCCGAAAGAGCAAGCGAAGGUCAUGAAUCGGUGUCCAGGAUGCGUCCGUCCGUGAGAUUCGAAGAGGAUACUCAGCCCGAUUCUCAUGAGGCGACCUGAUCCCAUCUCUCCUUCUGAAGCCUUCACUUCGACCCCGGUGACUUUAUUUGGCAUGAAUUUGCCUCCAGCCACAAGCGCCAAGAGCUUCAGGUUACGGAACUGUACUGCACUCGACGAGGAUUUGUCUUCUUCUCUCAACAUGGCGGCUCUGGUGGGCGGCAUGAAGAAUAUCCAACCGUGAUGCCUGCGACUGAAUUGGAAUCGAUCUGCUGCCCUCUUCGGGUGGUGUGGUGUGGUGUGGUGUUGGCUGUUUCAUCGUCGGGCACCUGUGAAUCUGAAACAGUGAACUUCCUCAACGGUGUCACAAAAGCGCAGAGCUUUCAACUGUCUCUGGUUUGGGUGCGGUGGCGUCAAGAAGGCCUAUUGCGACGUAGGAUGUGCUCCCAACUUGGCCAUGUACAAGAAAUAUCCGGACCCAUGGUUGGCUCAGCACAAACACGAGCCGGUGUUGGUGUUCCACUCCCGGCGGCUUUUGCAAAGUUACAAUUUAACAAAUUUUUAUUCGGGAAAGCAUGCAAUUAUUCAGCGAUUAGAGCGGGCUGCAAUGUUCCAUUAACUACUCCCUCUCAAAAGAAGCAAAAGGAAGAAAACCGAGUAAUGUAGAUUAAAAGGAUGCGAAGACUUCUUCAAGUCGUACGUAGGUGAGGAAUCUGGUGCGUCUCUUGGGUGGCUGAGGAAAGUAAAGGAGAGCUUAUUCUCAAAACUUCUCAAGCUCGUGAGUAGGGGACGGGAACGUGUUGUACGAAGCUCCGUCCUUCUUCCUUCCGUGAGCUUCGCUUGCGUUGCAUGCUGGCGGUCUCGCUCAGCCGGCCCGCAGAAAGCAUGAGAAUAUCCUCACACAAAUCCUUGGCUCGAGGGUACCGAGACUCGCCAUUUUCGGCGCUCUCUCUUUUCUCUGGGGUCCAUCCGAGGUUCCUGCCCCCAGCGGCACCUUCCAUGGAACACAAUUUCACCACCUCGCAGGGCACGAGAAUCAUCACUAAAUAUGGACGAGGGAAAUUAUGGCAGUUCUGUCUCUCUAGAUCCUCUCUCGACCUCUUGUCUCCAGAGAGCAGGGCAGCGGGCACUUUCUAAUCGAAGCCAGGAAUAUUCCCAUCUGGACUAGCGGAAUCAGCCCCCUCGUGGAGCCCUGCAACCAGUUCUCUCAGGACCAAAGGACUCAGAGCUUCCCGCAGACCUACUCACAGUUCGAGUCGGUCACCACACCAGAGGUCGGAAAGCCUCCACGAUUGGUUUAUCCUUCCGGGAGGAGAAUUCCCCGGUGGCGCCGGAGCCCGUGCCAUCGCCGGAACAAACGAACCGGUUUCUUAUUCGCCGAGCCACAGAUCCUCUCCUCUCUAGUCCGUAAGCCGGAUUGGAUUCCGAGAAGGCGAUCCGUACCACGGGCUGAUGAGACCCCGGGACGGCGUUACCGUGUCUUGGAAGGAACGCAGUUGUGGAUUUGGCGCUUGGCGGACGCGCUCUCGUCCGUACGGCGAGAGCAAGUUGUGGUACUUUGUUUGUCCAGGGUUCGAGGAUCGUAGUAGCACGGUAGCACGGUAGCACGUCCUUGUUCCCAUGUGCACCGGGUACUGACAGGGACGCGCCUCAUCGACCGCAGUAGGCAUCUCCUGAUCUGUCCAGUUGCACCUACUCCUCGGUGUACAGUGCACGAUGGACGUCCGCGUGCUUCCGCCGUUGAGUCACGUUUGACUCGUCCUGGUCCACUUGACCUCCGCCGUGCCGCAUGACCAACUUGUCCAGACACGAGUUCAUCUCCAUCCGAGGAAGCUCUCGCUGCGAUUAUUAUUUGUAUUCUUCUUAUGAUUAUUUUCUCGAUUAUCAACUUGUUUGAGGUGGCUGUGAAUUCUGACGGAGAGUCUCUCACACGUGAAUUCAAGGCAAAUCGAAAGGGAACCGCUGGGAAAUCCAGCUGUUCUUCGUCUCCAAAAUUCCACAUGCCACUUUUCGAGAUGCAUCUAGCGUCCUCGAAAGCUGAGUGAGCCUGCUUGUAAGUCUCUCGAAGAUUUCAAUUGUGUAUAGUACGCGAAAUAUCUGUAGAGACUUGACCGAAGUCAAGAAAGAUCACGGGUUGUUGACUCGAGGGCAGAGACAAAAAAAAUUUAAUAAACUAAAUUCCCAUGUAGGCUUUUUCUGUGUGACCAAGCACUUAAUCAGCUUUCGGCUGCAACCAAAUCCUAGGCACCAUUUGGUGAAGAGGCUCCAAGAAGGCGCACUCCGAGUUGCUGACGAUUUCCAUCUACUUUCGAUUUGCUUCAUACAGCUCUUGAUCCUCUUAAGUUGGACAAGUAUGGCCGAACCUGCUCUUUAUCAAUCAUACCCAUUAUUUCAAACAUGACUUUUGGGGCACGAUGCAGCGUAUACAGGAUCGAGUCUUGAGUGGAAAUCCUUCGUCCGCCUGAUUAAGCGUGUAUAGCGGAUUUUUGAAGCAUCAACUUUUUGUUUUCAAGACUGGAACCUGUACCAGAUGAACUUGAGGGCAAGAUUUUCCACGUACGCGUUAAAUCCGUGCAUGCAGAAUAUAUCCAGUUCAGGGUGCAUUCGGAGGAAUUGGACACUUGCUCAACUUUCCAGAAGAGAAAAAGGCGAAGACUCAAAUCUCAAGAUCGCGAGAGAGGAGUUAUCCUGGACCAUAAAGCAUUCAUGAAUGGGAAGGAGAGUAGGGGACUUUGGCUACUAAUCUUGUUGCCGAAGGCAGCCCAAUGGCAUCUAUGAAACAAGAUCCGUAGAUCAUGAUUCCAUAUUUCUGAGCUAGAUCUAUUGUGGUGUCUUUUCUGAGUUGUGCAACAUGUAAACGAAAGUCAAAGCUGAUCCAUGAGUGUCUGCUCCUGAAGUAGGUUGUUUGAAGAGGAAGGACAGACUUAAUAAUGACCAUCUCUAAGAAGUCGCCAUGGACAUCAUUAAAACCGGUCAUGUACAUAGGCUUCAGAACAUUAAAGACAUAACUUUUAUGGUUUUUUUUCACCCAAUAUAGUUUACUUUUAUGAUUCUCGUUCAUGACAUUUCCAAUAUCAUUUCGGGCGUUAAAAAAAAGGAGGGCGUAAGGUGGG